GAAAUAAAGUAAGGAAGAGCACAAGGAGAAACGAGAAUGGAUAAAGAGAUAAAGAGGAGGAGAAGUAGAAGAAGGAGAAAACGACGACGAGUAUGGAUGGGCAGGGGUAGGUUUCUUUGCAGGCAGUACUAGCGACAGACAGGUAUGGCAAAGCGAAGAUGAUUCCAAUGUAUUGCCUUAUUCGCGCUUACGUGUGUACAAACCUUAAACGUCCUGUAAAAGAGAGUGGAAAUCAAUAUUUCAUCAAUUUACAUAUAUACUUCCGUGGAACAUCUUCGAGAAACUUAUUGCACGUUGAAAAUGUUGAAUUAAUGGAGGGACAAGAAAGGAAUCGAAGGUGAUGAUAAUAAAGGAAGAAAGAAAAAAAGGAAUAGAAAAAGUGAGAAAGAUAGAGAAAAAGUGUGCACGCCUUCGCUUGUGUGUGUAAGAGACAAGAGAGAGAGAGAGAGAGAGAGAGAGAGAGAGAGAGAGAGAGAAAGAGAGAGAGAGAGAGAAGGGGGACAAUACGGGAGUGACAUGUAUCUUGCAACGGCGUUUCUUCUCAUAUUAUUCCUAGCGAGUCAUUCAAGAUUCGCCGGUGGAAAUACAAAUGCCAAAAUAAAUGCAGUAAAGAUUGCAAAGUGUUGCGAACUCAGUGAACUUCUUUUGGACGACACGUGCACACCAUUAUCAGUAACAAACGAAACGAAACCAUGGCAACCGGAAUAUACAGAAGACAAGGAUUCAGAUUUUUCGUUACGAAAUCAAGUCACUCCAGAUUAUCAUUUUGGAUUACCUAAAUGUCAUAGUAAUGAACAUCAAUGGCAUGUAUAUUAUUAUCCUUCCGGGCCAGACAGAUUGGCUAUUGUAUUGCCCUUUGGCAAACUUAGACAUUAUAUCGAUGAUCUCAAGAAAGAAACAAUCAGAAAUGGAGAAGAGGUCAUAGAACCGUUCAGAUUUGAUGACGGAGAAGAAGAAACCAAAUCCAUUCACUAUGAUUAUUCUUUUGGGAAAUAUUGUGCCGACAAAGCUGUCCUAAGUAGAGAUCAUUUGGUUGCUACCUAUGCUAUGAUAUGUGUGCCUGAGGUACCUGUUCAAUGGACAGAUGCCAAUUACUUAAUGAAACAUGCUAUUGAUCCUGCCUUUCGUGCCAUAUCCAUAGCAGCAUAUCUUGUUGUCGCAGUAAUUUAUUUUGUUCUACCGCAAUUGCGAGAUCUUGUAGGUAAUAUGAUAACUAGUAUGACAUUGUGCCUUAUAACAAAUCAAUGUGCUUCGACAGUAAGAAUAUUCACUGAACUUGGUAGUCAUGUUAGUUUUAUGAUAGCUGAUACAGUCGCAUAUGUGUCUUUAUUAGCAGCUUUCUUUUGGCUCAAUGCUUUGGGCUAUUACGUUUGGAAUACAUUUAGAUCUCGCAAUGUAUUUUUGCGUAUAACUGAUGGAAGAAAAUAUUGUUAUUAUUCCACAUAUGUUUGGAUAUCAACUAUUGCUAUUGCUGGAACUGCGAUUUUUGCACAUUUUGCAUUAGAAACUGACAAACCAUCUAUAGGUGGUACAGUAUACCCCGCUCAAGAAACUGUUGGUUGGCUAGCUCUUUCAGUAUUAUUUAUGUCUAUUAUUCUUACAAUAAUAGUUGAUUUUUCCUUUGUUUUAACAACAGCAAACAGAAUUAAAAGAAUGAGUACAUAUGGCAGAAUUCAUCAUAAAAUGAAAUAUAGCUUCAGAAUGUUUGUUUUUCUAUUCGCAAUAAUGAGCAUUAGUUGGAUAUCUUUAUUACUAUCAGGGUUAAAAUAUGACGCUUUAGCAUAUUGCCACAUUGUUGUUAAUUUGUUACAAGCAAUUUUUGUACUUUAUAUAUGCGUAUUUGGUCAAAAAAGAGUCACAUUUUUACUUGGGAAAACAUGCAAUUGUUGUAAUAAUGGAGAUAAUAUUGAAGGCCUUGAUUGGGGAGAAGAGAUGACAGCAAUAAAUGCAGGUUAUUAAAGUGCACUUAUGUUAUAUCUUAUAAAUAACUCUGACUGAAUGUCUAAAUAAGACAUAUCUAAUAUUUAAUAUCAAUUAAACUUAAAUAGUAUUAUGAUAUUUGAUAUUUUGUAAAUUAUAUAUGCCUUAAAU